AUGCCUCAACUAGACACCUCACCAUGACCAAUGGUGAUCUUAUCAAUAAUCGUAACCCUCUUCUAUAUUACCCAACUAAAAAUGCUAAAUUUCAUCUCCUACACCAAUCCACUAUUUAAAUCAAUUAAAACAAAAGAACAUAAAACAACCUGAAAAUCAAAAUGACCCAAAACUUAUUCACCAUCUUUAAUAUCCCAGUAG